AUGGAAUACUCUCGACCGCAGUAUGGCCGCAAGCGCAUCAGCGGCGGGAAUAUUAUUGGGGACCCAUUUGCGCUCGCGACGAUUUCGAUCGCGUCGCUUGCAUGGAUCAUUUCGUUCGUCGCGACAAUCCUCGCGCAGCGCGCCGUCCCCGAUAAAUUCCCGCUCUUCGCGUACUGGGCGUUGGUUUUCUACUUCGGACUCAUCAUUGGGAUAUCCAUCGUCGUUGCGUCGGAUAGCGCCCAAACAUAUCAUGUCGCCCUCGUCGGCUAUCUCGGCUGCGGCCUGGUGCUCACGACGUCAUCGGUUAACUCGCUGAUCCAUGAGACCCAGCCCGCCAAAGAAGCCUCGGCUGCUGGCUUCAUUCUCAUGUCGAUGGUGACCAUCGUCUGGAUUUUCUAUUUCGGUUCUGCUCCGUCCGCCGUUCCCCGCGCCUACAUCGAUUCGUUCGCCCUCGCCAAGGAGUCGACGACGGCGAACCGCCAGACCAUGUCGGGUGCCUACGGCGGCCGCAGGCCCGAAACCUCGACAUCAGUGCAGCCUCCCCAAAUGUAUACAGCCCAGCUCAAUGGUCUCGAAAACCCGUCGCCCGUUGGCGGCAUGGCCGCAGCGUCGGUCCCGCCGGCUUACACGGCGCCGCCCGCCCAGAAGGCAGCGCCCCCCAACCCCGAGAACCCCAACGCGGAAAUCGUGCCGCCCACAGAAUACCCGUACCGCGCGAAGGCCAUCUACAGCUAUGAGGCGAAUCCCGAAGACGCCAACGAGAUUUCCUUUUCGAAGCACGAGAUCCUCGAGGUCAGCGACGUCAGCGGAAGGUGGUGGCAAGCACGGAAGGAGACGGGCGAGACAGGCAUUGCGCCCAGCAACUAUCUCAUCCUAUUAUAG